UGUCUGUGUGAAUGCUGUUGGGGAGGGAGCAGAGUCCCGGCCUGCGGGGAGCCUGGGAGACAGCCCCACACCCGCUCCCAGCCACACACCCCCAACCCACACCGUCGCUUCCCUGCCAUGCUCAGCCCCUCUGAUAGGGAGAGCAGCAGCAGCAGCAGCCCCAGCAUGCUGAGCCUUGGGGCUGGGAGCAGCGAGGACAGGGAGCCAGAGGGAGAGGAGAAAAUCUGUGCCGUGUGCGGCGACCGAGCCACUGGCUACCACUUCCAUGUCAUGACCUGCGAGGGCUGCAAGGGCUUCUUCAGGCGGUCCAUCAGCAAGGGCGUCUGCUUCACCUGCCCCUUCACCCACAACUGCACCAUCACCAAAGCCAAGCGCCGGCAGUGCCAAGCCUGCCGCCUCCAGAAGUGCCUGGCCGUUGGCAUGAGGAAGGACAUGAUCAUGUCAGAGGAGGCUCUGCAGAUGCGCCGGGUCCUGCGGAAGCAGAAGCAGCAGGAGCGGGAGCUGGCGGGGGAGCCAGCGGAGCUGACAGAGGAGCAGGAGCAGCUCAUCAGCAUCCUCAUCGAGGCCCACAAGAAGCACUUCGACUCCGGCUUCUCCCAGUUCAUGCAUUGCCGGCCCCCGGUGCGAUUGUACAUCCACAGCCUGAGCCCUCAGAGCACCCAGGAACCCAGAGUUCCCCAGGUCCUGCAGGGGGUCUUCCAGCCUGAGGAGGGCGGCCCCCUGGCCCCCUUGCAGAGCCUGCCGGAGGACAUGCUGCCUGACAGCUUCUCCAUGCUGCCCCACUUCGCCGACCUCAGUACCGUCCUCAUCCAGCAAGCGAUUAAAUUCGCCAAGGAGAUCCCAGCCUUCAGGAGUUUGCGGAUUGAUGACCAGAUCUCACUUCUCAAAGGCGCCACUUUGGAGAUCUGCCAGAUCCAGUUCAACACGGUCUUCAACGAGGAGACCAAGGCCUGGGAGUGCGGCCAGCACUGCUACACCAUCCAAGACGGUGCCCUGGCCGGGUUCCAGCAGAUCUACCUGGAGCCGCUGCUCAAGUUCCACAUUAGCCUGAAGAAGCUGAGGCUGCAUGAGGCUGAGUACGUCCUGCUGCUGGCCAUCGUCCUGUUCUCGCCUGACCACCCUGGCAUCACCCAGCGCCACACUAUCGACCAGCUGCAGGAGAAGAUGGCCCUCACACUGAAGAGCUACAUUGACCGACGGCAUCCGCUGCCAGAAGGCAGGCUCCUCUAUGCAAAGCUGCUCUUGCUGCUGACCGAGCUGCGGACGCUCAAGGUGGAGAACACACGGCAAAUCCUGCACAUCCAGGACCUGACCAUCAUGACACCGCUGCUCUCUGAGAUCAUCAGCUAGAGCCCAGAGACAGGACCUGCUGGCCAGCCCCCCUGGCUGGGGCCAGGAUCCCACUGGACCGGGGUCCCUCUCGCUGAGGCCAGAACCUCACUGGACCAGGGCCCCUCUCGCUGGGGCCAGGACUCCACUGGACAGGGUCUGCCUCACCGGGGCCAGGACCCCACUGGACCGGGCCCACCCCCCUACUUUCCAGGUCCAUCUGCUGCCCCCCAGUAGCUCAGGGACUCCUCGACUGAGCCCCGCAGCCAGACCCUGCUGCCCAAACUUGUUGAUCCUCUCCCCUCCGCUCAGUGAAUCCGACCUGCUCUCAGCUCCGGGAGCCUGGGUCGGCUGUGGCUCUGAGGAAUCAAAACUGACCCCUCGGCUCAGCUGCGCCCCUGCCUGGCCAGUACCGCUUGUACAGAGCAGCCCAGGGACACGGCUGAAACAGGCCAGAACCAGCCUGCAUCUGGACCAGACCCGAGCCUGACGCUUGAGCCCAGGCAGGCCCAGAUGCUAGACGCUGCAGCCGGGCAGGGGUGGGACUGAGCAUGUGGCCAUUUGGCUGGACCUGCAGCUUUGGGGGCUCUCGCCUGUCUGCCCAGUGUCACCUCGGGCCAGCGUCUGCACCAGAGCCUAGCCAGGCCCAGCGCUGGGAGCAGGAGUGCUGCGCGUGGCAGACGUAAGACACCAGGGCAGGAAGGGGAGUCCUACCCACAAGUGUGGCAGGCCCUGUGACUCCCCAUGGCCUGCUCUGGGCCCAGCAGGCACGGUGGGGCUGCCCACUGCAGCUCACAUACCUGGAGGAGAGGCCUGCCCAGUAUGUGCCAGCACCUGCAGCCAGCCUGGCAAGAGAGCCUGCCACGAGGCCUGCAUCCCUCAGCCCUCCCCACCAUACAGUGCACCCCCAACCCUGACCCCUGCCUGCCGCGCCAUUCCAGAACCUGUGUCUCGGCACUGCCCCACCCCACAGGGAAUGAGCCCCCUACCCCAUACAGAGCCUGUCCCGCUCCAUACAGGGCCUGGCCCUCAGCCCUGCCCCAUCCCACAGGGAAUGAGCCCCUCAACUCUGAUCCCCCACCCCAGUGUGGGGCCUGCCCCUCAGCUCUGCCCCACCCCAGCACAGGAGCUGCCCCUGUAUGGGGCCUGCCCCUUGGUCCUGCCACACCUUCCCACCCCAGCAUAGGACAUACCCCCCUCAGUCCUACCCACCCCAGUUCACGGCCUGCCCCUUGACCCUGCCCCACCCUAGCACAGGAUCAGCGCCCUCCCAGCCCGCCGGCCUGCACAGGAUUGACCAUUUUAAACAGGGAAACUGAGGCACCAAGCAGUGCUGUGACUUGAGCCUCUGGCUAUUCGUUUCUCAGCCUGGCACUCCCGAGCGCCAUGGCUGUAGCUGCCAUGAGCCCAAAAGUGCAGCCAGUGAAGCCGAGAGGGGCCCAGCUGGGGGCCAAGGAGAUCAGCUGCCCUUGUAGGGUGCGCAUGGUCUUAUUGACUGGGUCCCUCCUGCCCCGUGGCCCUGGACAUGGGGAGGGUGUUUGGUUGAGGGCUGUCGCUGGAGUUGUGAAUCCUCAGUAUAGGCCAGUGCCCAGAGGCCCUGGGGUCAGUGGGCAAAGGACCCAGGUGUCCUACCUGUCCUGGGUGCGGCCGUUUACUCCAGCGAAACACUCCCAGUGUAGAGCAGGGGGGGUGUCGGGCACCAGCUUUACCCAGGCCCCAAUAACCCCCCCUUCACCAUGCAGGGUGAUGUGUCACCCCCUGCCCUAAGCACUUUUCCCUCCAUCAGCCAUGGGCCUGGCCCACACCUGGGACAUCGCCCAUGGCCACCCUACAGCUCCAGGUCAUGCCACCAUGCCAGCUCCAUGGCUGUGUUUGGGGGCUCAUGAGGGGCUGGGCUGCUGGCAGCGUGGGCAGGGACGUGGCACUGUGACGCCUGGGGGCAUAGCUUGGGGGGGGGACACAUGAC